AUGGCUGCCCAGACAGAGACCAAGAACAACUCCUUCGUCCUCUCCGGAGUCAAGAACAUCGUUUACGAAGAUCGUCCCAUCCCCGAACUCAAAGAACCAUACGAUGUCCUUCUUCAGGUGAACUUUACUGGUAUCUGCGGUAGUGAUGUCCACUACUGGCAACAUGGCGGCAUUGGCGAAUUUAAGGUCAAAGAUCCUAUGGUAUUGGGCCACGAAUCUUCAGGAACAGUUCUAGAGACAGGUUCAUCAGUCAAAUCUCUGAAAAAGGGCGAUCGUGUCGCCAUGGAACCUGGUAUACCCUGCCGACGAUGCAUACGCUGCAAAGAAGGCUACUACAAUCUCUGUUCAGAUAUGCGGUUCGCAGCAACACCUCCAUACGAUGGCACGCUUGCCAAAUACUACAUACUACCCGAGGAUUUCUGCUACAAGCUUCCUGAACACAUCAGCCUAGAGGAAGGUGCUCUCCUCGAACCCCUGGCGGUCGCCGUGCAUAUUACCCGACAGAGCAAGCUCAAGCACGGCGACAGCAUAGUCAUCUUCGGUGCAGGUCCCGUCGGUAUUCUAUGCGCAGCAGUCGCAAAGUCAUUAGGCGCCAGCAAAAUCAUCUCAGUCGACAUCAACCAAGACCGCCUCGACUUCGUCAAGAAAUUCACCGCACCCAUCUGCUCAACCUACGUAUCUCAAAAGAUCUCAGCACAGGAAAACGCAGCCAACAUCAUCCGCGAAAACGACCUCGGCGACGGCGCCGAUGUCGCCAUCGACGCAAGUGGUGUCGAGCCCUCGAUCCAAGCUGCCAUCCACGUCCUACGCCGAGGCGGCUCAUACGUGCAAGGCGGCAUGGGUCGUGAUGAAUGCACAUUCCCCAUCAUGGCUGCCUGUAUCAAAGAACUGCAGAUCAGUGGAAGUUUCAGAUAUAGCCAGGGUGAUUAUGCGACGGCGUUGAAUUUGGUGGCGAAUGGGUCUGUGGAUGUUAAGCAGGUUAUCAGUCGCAAGGUGAAGUUUGAGGAGGCGUUGCAGGCUUUUGAGGAUAUUAAGGAUGGGAAGGGGAUUAAGGUGCUGAUUGCUGGGCCGGAAUGA